AAGAGACAGCAGGUAAACAUUCAGGGUCCAAAGUGAUAAAGUUGGUGUUAUCCAGAAUAUAUAUACACGUUUACGAUGACUGUUUUUGAAAGGACAACAAGCUGCUGGAGACGCAGGGACACUUUUCCAAAUAUUAAAGCGGCAGGGAAAGUUAUACCACAAGGAGUCAGGGCACAGGCAUGUCUGCAGGAAAUAACACCAAGGCCUGAGACACCCCUGGUGGUUAGGAAGUUCCUCCGCAGUUCACACCCAGAGCCUGGGACAGUCCGCGUCUUCUUUGGGAAAGCAAAUGACCCUGAUAUCGCCAGCACUCUGGUGCAUGGAAUAAGCACGAGGUCGUCUAUCAAUGCUGGAUCUGUGAUCAACCCGUCACCCAAGACCCAUUACCAAGAGAGGCUGCGAGAGCUUCAGGAGGCCAUUUAUGGCAGCAGACAGAAAGCUCCAUUUGGACGGUCCCAAGUUAAUGGUCCUGGGCUUCCAAAUGGUCUUGAUCCUGAAAAAACAACUUUUGGUGUUAAAUUACUUUAUUCCAUUAACGCUGGUGAGAUCAUCAAUCCACCAAAAACAGCAGUGCAGGUAGAACAAGAAGCGCAGGACAGACAUGAGCAAUACAUCCACUCACACAGUUCCUACUUUGUUGGUGAGCGUUUGAACAGGAAGUAUGAUUUGAGUAGUUACAGGAAGGACAGCAGGUUCGGUGUGGCUACGCCACAUCGCAAUGAUGGACACAAUGCCAGAAAGUCUCUCCAAUGGCUCGGUGAUACACAGACGAACCACAGUGCAAAAUUUGUCUCGAAGAGAUGUGACGACUUCAGAGAGAGGACACAGUCGCAGAUCGGCAAAGUUCAUGACCCAAUCGCCGACACCAUGAAGGUUCCGGCUGAUCACACAUUCGGAGCGUUGCUGCGUCCUGACGAGUUUGGUGCAGCAGACGUCCUGCAUGCAACGCCACCUUCAGAGCACAGGAAAGGACAGGACAGACGUCGCACGCUGGUCAGCGUUGUACGCCAGCACCUGAAGAAGGCCAACUUCCACAACUUCACCUCUUUGCUGCAAGCAUUCAGACACUACGAUAAGAAAGGCCAGGGAGGGAUCGAUAAAGAGGACCUGCGGGACGUGUGCCGUGAGUUUAACCUGGACCUCAGCGCAGACAUCCUGGACGACCUUAUGGACUACUGUGAUGUCGAUAAAGAUGGGUUAAUUAACUUCCUGGAAUUUGCGAAUUUCCUUAAUUGGAAGGACAAAAUGCCAAUCAGUCGAGCGGAGCAAAGGAUUUUGGCAAGAGAGCGGAAGCCCAGCACAGCCCCGGUUGUCAGCACGAGAGCUGAGGUGCAGGAAGCAGACGCAGAGAAACAGGCUGGAACUGAAAGUCUGGCCAAGUGUGAAGACCUGGAACCUGUGAAGGUGGGGAGUGUUCUGAAAACCCCCAAAACACUGCGCAGAACUCUAGCAGAGCCAGAGCGCUUCAUCACCUCAUCCUCUGCCAUCUGUGCCAUCAUGGGGAAGCUGGCUGCUAACGAUUAUCGGACAUACGGUGUUCCGUCAGUGCGUACGGAUUUGGCCGCCCCACGUAUCAAACGCAUCGGCGACCGAACAAACUAUGGUGAAGAGGGAACGGCGUAUGAACUGCUCUUUCCCACACUGUACUCGCUGUUUGGGGUGGAUGAGAGACAUUUCUUCUGCCCUCGCACCAAGGACGAGAUGGAGCAGAUUUUCCGGAACGCCGGCCUGCGUAUUCCCGAUCAGACGUUUGAGGAGGCCUGGAGCUUGGCUUCCAGGAGUCACCCCACCGGAGAAGUGUGUGUGGAGAGUUUUCGAAAGCUUCUCAGUGAGCUCCAGGCAAAUUAGAAAAGGAUGCGUAUUGUUCAAUAUUGUAUCGUUUCUCUUAGCAUUGAUCUUAGCAUUCUCAUAGCAAGGAUAAAUUUGAAAUGCUAUAUCCAAUGAACACUAGUAUCAAUAAGGCAUUAUUAUAAUAAUAUUAAUGAUAUUACAAAUGACUUCUUGACCCACCUCUCUGCCACUGUGCUACAGUAUGUUACACAUAGCUUCUUAGCUUGUGAGUUGUUGAAAUGGUCAUUUACAGUAUCUAAGAUAUCUAAGAUGUAGUUAUUUCCCAGCUUUCGUUGCAUGCUUAGCGGGCCUUUCUGUACUCAGAAGCCUAAAGAUUCCUAGAGUUAUCUAUUGUUUUAAAAAAAAAUAACCGCGUUCACCUGCAGCGUCUUGUGCUCAGGUACGCAUAUAUACAUAAUCACAUAUUUAACUAAAAAUAAAUGAAUCAAAAAAACGUCCUGCAUGUCAAACAUUUAGAGAAACUAGUUUUGUUCAGAUUGGUCUCACAAUGCGACUUUCACACUUGGUAAUGAUUGGACAAAAUAUGUCAGAGCAGAAGGGAAAAUGAAUUGAAAAUAUAUUAAAAAUGGCAGAAAAUCCAAUAUGGCGGAAAUUUACAUCACGGUAUUUGUUAAACUCAUUUGGCAUUUACCCAAAUAAACCGAUGAUAGUGGAAUCGUAUCUAUGGCAUUGUAUGCACCAAAAUGACUGUGAGUGUAGCUGGGACUGUCCUCUAUCACGGUGCCAAAAUUCAUAAGAAGCAUAUAAAGCGCUCUUUAUAUGCUUCUACGCUCGUCCAUAGACUCCCUUGUAGAAGCAAAAUAACCUUCGGUGCUUGGCCCGCUAAUAGGUAAACAAACAAACAAAUAAACACGUGAAUAAUUCCUGCCGAAUUAAGAGGUUGGUUUUUUUUGUUUGUUUUUUUAAAAAAAAUCCAUCCAUUGUAAAACCGACGCAUGCAUGUCAUCCCAUUCCCCUUUAUAAGAUGUUAUUCUUUAUCCAGUCUUGGAGCGACAGAAUUAUAAGAUUGAGCAGAAUUCAUUAACUUGUUUUAAAUAUCUUAGUAGGAUUAUGAUUUUUUUUUCUUUUCCUUCUCCUCAGCAGUAAUAUAGUUUGUGUGGGGAUUUUCGUCAUGUGUGUGCAAACAGGUCUUAAUAUGAUUACCAGAGUGGAUAUCAUUUUCAGUUUAAAUGAACAUGCUAAUACCAUAUUAGCCAAUUAAUCGUGGAAGAAUCGAAGAGAACAAUCCGCAAGAAAAUGACAGGCACGCUGCUGCCGAUGUGCAUUAAUACGCCAUUUUUCACCCUUUUGGAUUAGGGCUCAUUUUUAUUUUAUUAAUCUGCUUAUAAUAAUAAUUUUUAAAAAAGCACAUUAAUUGGUGCAUACGUGUAAUAAGAACGCUAUUGGACACUGUUUCAGAAAUCCUCCAGUGUGUAUGUGUGUGUGUGUGUGUGUGUGAAUGUGCUGUUAAGCAUUAAUUUCACACAGGCCCGGAUUUAAGACAGUCGAACUGAGAAGCGGAUUAAUGGAAUAAAUAUGCAUGGAAAAGAAAAAAAAAAGAAGCACCCACUGACAAAUUGUGUUCUCGUUUCUUUCUCGUUUUGUUUGAAGGUUAUUAAUCCUCACGUACACGCAUCUACUGGAUAUCUAAACGUCUUUAUCUGAUGCAUUAGAGAGCAAAACGAUCAUUUGCGCAUAUUACCACAGAGCUGUUGAAUAUCUCAAAUCUGAUUGGUCAGAAGGUGUUGUUAUGGCAUUUGCUCUGACAGUAGUGCAGCUGCAAAUCACAGGUUUAAUAUUACAUGUAUGUUUUGUUGAACAUUUCUGGAAGGAGUCUCCAGUGUCAGUGCUUUAAAACUAUACGUUUUCCACCAUGGGAAAGUCUUCAGGACAGAUUUUUUUUUCCUCCAUUUUUUUCUUUCUUUCUUCUGCUCCUCUAUGUACAGUAUCUACUAUCAGUAUAUUUAAAUAUUUUUUAUUAUGCACUGCAAAAAUUGGCAUCUUGGCAAGUGUUAUCAUCCUGUUCAAAAGUUUACACCCCCCUGGCUCUUAAUGUAUCGUGUCGACCUUCUUGAGCAUCAGUGAACAUUUGCACCUUAUGUAACAGUCGUGUACGAGUCCCUCAGUCGUCCUCGGUGUGAAAAGAUGGAUCUCGGCAUCAUAUGGCCGCUGGUGGAAAGGGGUCAGAUAUGCAGAAGUUGCUGGAAAAGCAAUGAAUGUGUAGGACCUGGAGGAACAGUGGGCGGUUUUACAGUUAAACAAGGGACUCAAAAACACAAAACAUGAAAACAGUAAAAAAAAAAAAAAAAAUUUCCCUCUUAUUAUUAUUAUUAUUAUUUUAAAAAACAAAUGAUUAACAUUUAGCAGAUUCUGCAAGGCGAAUGUAAACGUAUGACCUCAACUGUAUGUGAAAAAUGGCCUGGUGACCAUUGAGUAUUCAAGCCAAAAGGAAAUAAAAAUCACACAAAUGCAAAUUCAGGAAGAAUUUCCUUAAAGUUUACUCCAAGUGACAGUUUGCAUGUGCGCAAAGUGCAGAAAGUCGGAGUGUUAAUGUGGCAGAUGGUGCGAUUUUGCAGACAUGAGCCUGAAGUGUGCAAAUAGCUGAGAGCAAACCUAUUAGCAACUGUAUAUCUGUCAGAGCAGCACAGAAAACAAAUGUCUGUCAGAAGAGGAGAAACCCAUUAACUACAUUUAAACUCAUCUACAGCUCGCCGACCAUCAUCAGUCAGUCGUGUGGUGUCAACUGGUUUGCAUGCACACUUCAUUAAAAAAGCGCGAGAAAAAAGUCAAAAAGUUUGCGCGCUGAUUUAAAUGCAAUCAGUUCUGAGGAAAGUCAUCUAAAACAUCACGUCACGUGAUAAACCGCAACCGAUUAUGUACUGUUAAGCCUUUCAGUCGUGCUCCGAUGCACCUCUCGCACGUUCUCGUGCAUGUUCUUUGUAUGCAAUCGAGCCACUAUCAUGACUGUUAAUUCGUAUUUAGUGUUUGACAGAUUACAGAUGCAAAAACAAGCUCGUAACAUUUUUUUUUGAACAUUACUGUCAAAAUGUCCACGCAGAAUGUGCAGAAACAUGGCAAAAAAAACAUGAGAAAGCAUCAUCAAGUCUCUCGCAAUCAAAUCAGCAACACUUCAACUCCAAGCUCUCACACGUAUAUAUACACGUAAAUGAUAUAAUGAUGUUUUUGAGCAGUUGUUGUGUGCUUCAGUUGUGUUGUAAUGUUCAUUAGAACUUGUUGAAAUUGUUACUGUGAUGGUUUUUUUGUUGUUGUUUUGUUCUUACACCAUGGUCAUACACAGGAAGCAAAUGAUUAUUACAUUAUCACUAAAGGUUCAGAAGUUCUGGUUAACUACACGAGUCAGACUUGGAUCGUGGAUCAGAUCUUUUUUAUUUGUAUUGGGAAUGCACAUGCCUGCAGAACCUAGUGUUCAAUAUUCCCUCGUUUAAUUUUUCAGAGAAUCCAUAUGUUUCAGGCCCAGCUUAUGGUCUCCAAAUAGAAAACCCUGAAACGUCCACCUCUCUCUCUCUCUCAAAAACAAUUAUCUAAUAAUAAACAAAUACCACCAGCCAUAAGAUUAAAACCACCUGAAUAAUAUUGUGUAGGUCCCCCUGACCUGGACUCCACAAGACCUCUGAAGGUGUGCUGUAGUAUCAUAUGUACUGUAAGAUGUUAGCAGCAGAUCCUUUAUGUCCUGGGGCCUCAAUGGAUCAGACUUGUUUGUCCAGCACAUCCCAGAGACGCUCGAUCGAUCGGAUUGAGAUCUGGGGAAUUUGGAGGCCCUGUCAACACCUUGUCAUGUUCCUCAAACCGUUCCUGAACAAUUUUUGUAGUGUGUAGUGUAUCCUUCUGAAAGAGCCCACUGACAUUAGGGAAUACUUGGUCUGCAACAAUGUUUAGGUAGGUGGUAUGUGUAUGUAACAUCCACAUGAGUGCCAAGGCAAAGAAAGAAAGACUGUCACCACUCUUUAAAUAAUUCUGUAUAAUUCUAACCACAGUUGUGUACUUUAGCAUUGUGUUCUGAUGCUUACACCUGAUUAAUGAUCACAGUGUAGAUCAUGUUUGUUUUGCAAUUACGUCACUUCCCGGAAACUUGACGGAGGCUCACAACAGUUUUACCCACAAUGCCUGGAUGUUUGAUAUAGUUUCUUUGCUCCAGUAGAUGGAGCCAAAAGCCUGUAUUUCUCAGGAUUUACAGCAUUAUAUUUCAGUAGAUUUGCUGCAAAAGGUCGUUUCACGACUUAAACGAGUUGUUUUUAAUCAGUUGUUUGCCAGACUUUCAAAUAAACAGUUGAUUAAUAAACUCCAAAGAUAUGAAUAAAUUCAAUACAGAUAUUAAUGAAAUCUUAAUCGUGCAAUAUUACCAAAUCUCAUCUGCUUGGUCACUUAAAGUUCAUACUGUACAAUCCAUUAAAAAUUGUCUCGAAUGUCUUCAAGAACAAAGUACUGCUAAAAUAUAUAAAUCAUCAAUAACACCCCACCCCAUAGAUGAUUAUUUUCCUAUAACAGCACUCCUACAAAUAUUUUAUUCUAUAUUUUAUUGAUUACUUAUUUGAUGUAAUAUUUAAUUAGGAUCAUUUAAGAUGUUGUGUAACAGCCUAAUAUUAAAAUCAU